GCGUGUUUCAUAUAAUCCUGUCAAUACUACACUAUCAACCAGAAAUAAUUAGCCCACCUACUUAACCAAUCUUCCCUUUAAAGAAACUUACACGAAAGGUUCGUAAAGCCUCUGUCUCUAGAAUGGAAUUUUCACCGAUAUUGUUGAUGUUUCUGAAGAUAUGUUUAAGUUUUCAACAAAUAACGCCUGACGUACAGGGAGGGAGCCAGGACUCACAGGUGAUCGACUUCACAGAACAUAUAACCGAGAUACAUGGACUGGUCCAGUCGAAUACUAAGUAUCUACAACAGUACGAGGAACUCAUGUCUUCUCUCAAAGAAUUGGUGAUUUUGACAUGUGGAGAUGGAUGGGUUUACUUUGAGGAUCACUGUUACUGGUACUCUCGUACAGCGACCACCUGGCAGGCAGCUCGAGACCUCUGUCAGGCCAUGGACACAGACCUCGUUGACGUCACUGGAUUUCAGGAAAAUCGAUUUAUCAAGUACCACAUGAGAGACAUCCAGAAAAGGGAGCAUCCCGCUGUCCUUAGGUACUACUUCCUAGGGGGGACAGAUAUGGACAAUGAGGGCCGCUGGGUUUGGGUGAGAACAGGUCAAAGUUUCGGCUUUACAAACUGGGCCUCGGGUGAACCUAGCAAUUCUAAUGGGGUAGAGGACUGUGUCAUUUUGAAUGGAGAAAGCUUUGCCGACUGGAACGAUGCCCCGUGCGACCAAUCUUAUUACGGGAUCUGCAAGAAAAGUGUCAAAUCCAUGCGGCUUUCCUGAGAUGGUAACAAGGUUCGGGCUGAUAUGGUAACAAGGUUCGGGCUGAGCAAUCAUGACGUUCAAAUCCCGUCAACUUAGUAACGUUAAUAUUCACAAAUCUGUUUGGAAUUUAAACCGUAAAUAUCAUUUGUGUAUACUCUGUAUGUAAGAUUCCCUGCACUUACUUUGACGUUUGUAACAUGUGAAUCCACGAAAAAAACGGGAAAGGAAACUCUGAAUGUGAAUAAACAUAUAGGAAACUCUGAAAUGUGAAUCAAAAUAGAAGCUCUAAAAUGUGAAUCAACAUAUUGGAAACUCUGAAAUGUGAAUCAACAUAAAGGAAACUCUGAAAUGUGAAUAAACAUAUAGAAAACUCUGAAAUGUGAUUCAGCACAGAAGCUCUAAAAUGUGAAUCAACAUAUUGGAAACUCUGAAAUGUGAAUCAACAUAUUGGAAACUCUGAAAUGUGAAUCAACAUAUAGGAAACUCUGAAAUGUGAAUCAACAUAUAGAAAACUCUGAAAUGUGAAUCAACAUAUAGGAAACUCUGAAAGGUGAAUCACCAUAUAGAAAACUCUGAAAUGUGAAUCAACAUAUAGAAAACUCUGAAAGGUGAAUCAACAUAUUGGAAACUCUGAAAUGUGAAUCAACAUAUUGGAAACUCUGAAAUGUGAAUCAACAUAUUGGAAACUCUGAAAUGUGAAUCAACAUAUUGGAAACUCUGAAAUGUGAAUCAACAUAUAGGAAACUCUGAAAGGUGAAUCACCAUAUAGGAAACUCUGAAAUGUGAAUCACCAUAUAGGAAACUCUGAAAUGUGAAUCAACAUAUAGGAAACUCUGAAAGGUGAAUCACCAUAUAGAAAACUCUGAAAUGUGAUUCAGCACAGAAGCUCUGAAACGUGAAUCAAAAUCAAUCAAAUAUACUUGUUCAGUAAACUAU